GCGGAGCCUCUCAGUCGCUGCGACUUACCCGCAAAAGGAGAAGCCUACUACGAUGGAAUACCUGAAGGAGCAGGAGUACGCGUUAUUCUACGACGGACAUCAUUAAAAUAAUGUUAAUGUUCACUUACCGGUAACUUAAUUUUGUUUCUUGCGAGUCCAGGGAACAGUUAAUCACGGUUAACGUGCAAGUGGACGGAAUACGUAAGCGGAAGAACUUUGAGUUAGCACAGUGCAGCAGUAGUUAGCUAAAGAAGUUAGCUUGACAAUUUGCUGAUUAACGUUGUGAGGUUAGCAGUGAGUGUGGGCUAGCUUCCCCGAGUUUAACGAGAAUAGAUAUUAGAUAGCUGUCUUCAUCAGCUGGUUAGUGUUCAGACGCCUGGAAGCAGUUUGUACUAACACCGAGGAGCAGACAGGGCGGACUGGACUUGUGAAGCAGUGACAGGUCUGAAUUAACCCGCAGCACAGGUUUGUGCUUCAGCCAUUUGGAUUGCUUAAAUCUUUCUGAUGUGAUGACACUGAGCUGAGCCACACUGAUGGUCGUGGGGUAACAAAGCCAAAAGCUUCAGAAUAAGAUCACCCAGUCCAGCUCACAACCUUUCUCAUUGCCAAAAACCCAACACCACCAGGACUGCAGACAUGCUGACUGACAGCAGGAAACGGCACCGUAGCUGUGACAGUGAGGAGGACCAGCAGCUCAGUCCUCAGGCCAAAAAGUCAGGAGGGGGUCCAAGCCUGCUUGUGUCAGAUUUAGAUUCAGAGUCUUCCAGCAGCGACAGCAGUAAUGGGAUCAGUAGUCCAGAGAGAGCAAUAGUGGUCACCACCAGGCCCUGCAUACACAGCCAGAACAACUGCAUCACCCACAACUCCCUCAGCCCAAAGCCUGGAGAUUCUGCAGGUUCCUUGCAGCACCGUAUCCAUGGCGACAGCAGUAGUGUCUCCUACGACCACAUCAACAGAGUCCUGAGGGAGGCGCACUUCAGUAGUCUGCAGACCAGAGGGCGCCCGGGCUCCACAUGACCUCUUUCCCCAUCCUGACCUUUUGCCCCUCUGCUAUCAGUGCUGACAUCACUGGCACAGUGGCUCCUGUUUGAAAGCCUCAAAUAUCACCCUCGGGUCGGGGGGGAGGGGACUAUUUGUGGGGAGGUUUACAGAUUUUCAGGCAUAAAAGCCUCAUCCCCACCUUGCCAUGUACCAUUUGUCGAGACCAUAAGCACAUCCGCCUUUCCAUGGCCCAGCCACUGUGGUUUUCUGUGCAGUAUUGAUGUGUGUGUGUUUCUGUGUGUGUGUGUGUGCGUGCACGCACUCCUUGCACUUUAUAGAGAGGAAUCAUUCUCUUUACAUGCGUGUGUCGAUGCGUGGACAUUUCCAUUGGUGCUAAUCACAAGGAAAGUGUGAUGAUCCAAAGUGCUCGCAAAAAUAAAUAAAGCUACGCACUUUAUCAAUAA